AUACAUUGACAUAAGAUGUUUCAAUAACGUUUGUUAAAACUUACUCAUACAGUAUAUUUACACACAUAUUUCCAGGCUAGUACAUGUUUUAUUUGUAAAAAUCUGCUCUUUGGCUCGUUGUGAGUCAAUUGUGUGGUAGAAUGAAUCGCUGACGGCGGAUUCUGAAUCACAAACGGACUAUUCAACUCAUGAAUCUUAUUCGUUCAACCAAAGAUUCGACUCUUUGAGGAUUUGGACAUCGCCAGAGCGGAAAAGCGAGUCCAGAACUGGAGCUGUCAUUUCUUUCGCAGAUACACUUUCUGUCGGCCCUCAUGUGGAUGUGAAAACAAAACGAGACAGACAGCAAAGAGAUGUGUGAUGAAAAACAGUCCUAAAGAACGGCAAAGCCAAUCAGCUACUAUGAGCAGUGAGCUCACAGUGCCAAUGGGCUCUCCAGCUCCCGGCGGCUCAGACCGGCUGCAGGAUGGCGGUGGGAUGGACUACAGGGACUGGGUUCGGCGCAGUUAUCUGGAGCUGGUGACCUCCAACCAUCACUCGGUCCAGGCUCUGUCAUGGAGAAAACUGUACCUCAGCAGGGCCAAACUCAAAGCCUCCAGUCGAACCUCAGCCCUGCUGUCUGGCUUUGCCAUGGUAGCCAUGGUGGAGGUUCAGCUGGAGAUGCAGUACAACUACCCUCGAGUCUUGCUCAUCGCCUUCAGCGUAUGCACCACAGUGCUGGUGGCCGUCCACCUAUUCGCCCUCCUCAUCAGCACCUGCAUCCUGCCCAACGUAGAAGCCGUCAGCAACAUCCACAACCUCAACUCCGUCUCCGAGUCUCCUCACGAGAGGAUGCACCACUACAUCGAGCUAGCCUGGGGUUUUUCCACCGCUCUGGGCAUCCUCCUGUUUCUGGCCGAGGUGGUGCUGCUCUGCUGGAUCAAGUUCCUGCCGGUUGACUCCGGGGCUCAGUCGGCCUCAGCCCUGGUGGCUCUUAAGCAGAACUGCAGCACUCCUGCUGUCCAGCCCGGCCACAGCGGCUGGCAGGCGGCUUUAGCCUCCACUAUCAUCAUGGUGCCGGUGGGAUUGAUCUUUGUGGUGUUCACCAUUCACUUCUACCGUUCACUAGUGCGGCACAAAACAGAGCGCCACCAUCAGGAGAUCGAGGAACUGCACAAAAUCAAAGUGCAGCUGGACGGGCAUGAGCGUGGCCUGCAGGCAGUCUGAGAUCUUCCAGUCGGGCAGCGGUCCAUCCAUCGCUUGACUUUUUGAGCUUUCAAGCACAUCAGAAACUCCUCCUCGAGGAGUCUUUCUUUUUGUUUUCUUCUGAGAGGAAAUGCCUUGUCGCUUGACGGAAGGAUUAUUUGUGUAGAAACUGAAGAGGCUUUACAGCAGCAACAACAAAAAGGUGCAUGUUUACAAGAUUUCAACCACAAGGGCUAUUUAUUUAUGUUUCUUUUGGCUUUAGGUCAUGUUUGGAUGCAUCUUUAAGUGCCAUUUUCUGUUUCCAUGCCUUUAAUUGACCCCAAAAUGGAAAUUGAGCCUUUAUAUGCUUCUACUGAUGUCAUUUCAAACCCAUAAAAUAGGUUCGUUUCGGUGACCCAAAUAAAGGUAAAUUUAAUCGCAUCCAAGCGACUUAUGUCCCCACAUUUUAAUUAAUAUAUCGAUUAACCGUUUAAUUGAAGUCUUCUAACACUGUUGCUUUAUAUAAUGAACAGAUUUAUCAGUUUGAUUUAUCAGCAAACAAAAGACAGAACAAACCUCAUUGGUUCUUGCUAAAGCUCAAACAUACCAUGUGACUAGCAAGAAUGAACCUCAUUGGUUCUCACACGUCAAGCAAGCAUGGCAUCUUUGUCCAAAUCUGAAUGCUGUAAACCACAGGUGUCAAUUCUAGUUCCUGGAGGGACGGAGCUCUGCAGAAUUUAGUUUCAAUCCUAAUUAAACACACCCGAUCAAACUAAUUUGGUUCUUCAGGCUUGUUUGAAACCGACAGGUAAGUCUGUUGGAGCAGGGUUGGAACUAAACUGUGCAUAGCUGUGGGCCUCCAUGCACUGGGUUUGACUCCUGUGCUGUAAAGCAUAGGUCUUAUAUUCAAUUCCUGGAGGGCCGGAGCUUUGCACAGUUUUGCUUCAACCCUAAUCAAACGUAGCUGAUCUAGUAGUAUCUAGUGGUCUUGAACACCUUGAUUAGUUGGAUCAGCUGUGUUUGAUUAGGGUUGGAGCAAAACUGUGCAGAGCUGCGGCCCUCCAGGAAUUGAAGAUAAGACCUAUGAUCGAAAUCAGGGAUGUCAAACUCAAUUCCUGGAGGGAACAGUUUAGUUCUAACCCUAAUUAAACACAUAUGAUCAAACUUAUUGAGUC